CCUCGCUACCAUAUCCGAACCCGACUGUCUUGUUUCCGGUCACGCAAACGCUCAGCUCGACCAAUAGGACUUCAAAGGAGGCGCUCGCGAGGCUUCUGUUUCCUCACCAUGGCAACCGCCGCCCUGUAAAUCCCUCGGCGCUUCUCUCCGGGCCGCCGGCGGUUCGUCAUGGUGAGCAACGGCCGCGUUGCCUCUCUUCGGUCUCUUUUUGGACCUCUUCUCGAGUAGUCUUCGCGGAGUCAGGCUCCUCUUAGCGCCAUAGGCUUCUCUGGAAGGAUGGCGGAGCUGGGGCUCAAUGAACACCAUCAGAAUGAAAUCAUCAGCUAUAUGCGUUUUGCACGCUCCAAGCGUGGCCUGUGUCUAAAGACAGUGGACUCCUGUUUUCAGGACCUUAAGGAAAGCAGGUUGGUGGAAGACACAUUCACUAUUGAUGAAGUUACAGAUAUACUGGAUGGCUUGCAGACCGUGGUACAUAGUGAAGUGGAAUCUGAGCUCAUUAACACAGCAUACACCAAUGUAUUGCUUCUGCGCCAGAUUUUUUUCCAAGCAGAGAAGUGGUAUCUCAAACUGCAGACUGACAUUUCCGAGCUGGAAAAUAGGAAUUUAUUAGAGCAGGUUGCAGAGUUUGAAAAGUCAGAAUUUACAUCUUCGAAUAAGAAGCCCAAUCCAGAGCUGGUUAAGCCUAAACUUACUCCAUUGCAUGAUGGAGCAUCAGAACUCCUGCAGAAGGAAAUUGCAAGACUCCAAGAAGAAAAUGAAAAAUUGAGGAGCAGAUUAAAGACAAUAGAAGUGCAGGCUACCAGUGCACUAGAUGAAAAAUCAAAGUUAGAGAAAGCUCUUCGAGAGCUUGAGAUUAUUCAAGGAGAUCAAAAGUUAAACCCUACACAGGAUCUUUGCGAAUUAGAAAGUAAUAUGGCUGAUUUGAAGUACAAAUUAGAAAAAACCUUGCAUGAUAGUACUGCAAGCCAAAAAACCCUGGAAGAGAAUCUGAUUUCAACAAAGCAUGACCUGCUUAAGGUUCAGGACCAGCUGGCAAUGGCUGAGAAGGAACUGGAAAAGAAGUUCCAGCAAACAGCUGCCUAUCGCAACAUGAAAGAGAUUCUUUCCAAGAAGAAUGAUCAGAUCAAGGAGCUAAGAAAGAAACUUUCAAAAUACGAACCAGAUGAUUAAGAUCAGAAGAAUAUUGGCCACGUCAAGGCACUGCCACAUUGGAUAAGCAGACAGUUGAGAAAAUAAAGGAUCUAUUUUUGAAUAUGUUGCAAGUUACACUUUUCAAGAAGUUUGCUUCUAAUUUUCUUUUUUUUCCUCUUUUUUGGGAUGUAUAUUUACUGUUAUGAAGUCAUAGCAGAAUUGAGAGCAAAGAAAAGGGCAUAGUCUUAUUUCUGUGUUUCAAGCCUUUUUUGAAUAGUUACUUUGUCUAUUGCCUAUAAGCACAGAGCACCUAUAGUAGAAAAUAUUCUUAUUUUAAACAAAUAAUAAAAUGUUCAUUCCUUACAUAUUUGUAAAAUGCAGGCCCAAAGAAUCUAUUCCAUGCAAUCUACAUGUUUCCUAAGUGUGGUUUUAUUUUUACAAUUGUAGUAACAGCAGGGGGGAUGCUGGUUUUGUACAGUAAUAACAGAAACCAUUAACUCCUCAAAUUCCAAUAAAGUUUCAUCACCAAGAGAAAAGGCAUGUGUCUGGGAAAUAUAAAAUAUUGAUCCUCAUUUGUAAGUACACGGAAAUAUAAUUUCUUGUCUUAA